CCAUGCCGCCACGGCCCAUUGUUGUGGAGGAGGAAGUGGUUGGCAAUGAACUUCACAUCAAAAAGCCAAUGAGAUUCAAGGUCUCAGCAGUUGGACUUCACCUGUUUGACUCCUUCAAGAAGUUUUGCGACCGUCAUGGGCCAACCAUCAUGAGCACUCCAGAGAGGGCUUUGGUAGCUUGGGGUGAAAGGCAAAGACCCGUAGUCCUUGAAGAAGACGUAGAAAAGAACUUUUCACUACUCAAGGAACUUUCCGUGGCCUGCUGUGAGAAAACUCUUGGGCAACCCCUUGAUGAUGAUGUGAAAGAGAUCCCUUUCCUUGCAGACUUUGAGGGGGCUUUGCUCUUGCUUUCCUUGCGAUCCAACUUCCACACCGACUACCAUGGUCGAAGGGGCGGCAAAGGUCACAUCCGUGAUUGGGCCAACUGUGAGGGGACAAAGGUGAGGAAACUGUUGACCUACUUGAUCAGCUUGACAAAUCGCACCCCUGAGAGCAGGAGUGAAAAGAUCAAGAUGCUGAAGAAUAUCGUUCUGCAAUUCCGAAAAGCUCGUCAGGAGCAGGUAGAGGCUGCAGGAUUGUCCGUUCCAAUCGGUCUACCUCGAGCGCCAUCAGAGGACAAUGUGGCUCUGGCAGUUGACUACGAUGAUGAACCCAUCAUUGUUUCUGUGACCAUGGGGUUGAAUCCCCUCCAGCAGAAGCUGAAACUGUUGCGGAGGCUCUGGGUGUUUUGGCUGGCACACGACACUCAGAUGGACGUUGACGAGAGCGACCAACCAGCAGCUGAUCCAGAGCAUGGUGCAACACCGAAGAGUUCUGAGCCUGACGAAGCCAUACACCCUUCCUUGUUGGUUACUGACAAAGAAUGGGAAGACAUGCUGAAUGAUUCACAGGUGGAUCCAGUCUCUAUGGCUGUUAGGGGGCAUCAGAUUGAUAUCGAUGGCCCCUCUUCGGUGACAGGGCUUCACAAUGUGGAACCUGUUGAUGUUGAUGCAGCCAGCAUCACAGCAGAAGCACCUGCAUCACCGGCACACAAAAGACGCAAGAAAGCAGCUGAGCGCAAAGAACCCUUGAUUGCAAACCCACCUUCCAUACCAGGAGAGGUUUUGGCAGCAUGCAAAAGUCAGAUGGAGCAAGCUUUAGCUGACCGUGAAAGUGUUGGAACGAAUGUUGAGUCACAGCGUGACCUCAAGAAACGGCUUGAAGAAGAGGAAAAGGAAAAAAAGGAUGAGAAAAAGGAAGUAGCACAGCGCAAAAAAAAACAGCGGCAGAGAAGGCAGUUGAGAAAGCCCAAGAGCAAAGCAGUUUGCAGCAUGCAGCGCUAUGGCCAGCAAAACAGCGGCAGGAGCUACACCGUCAGUGACCCCAAGAGCUCGGGAUGUCCUAUCGGAGUGGUCCUGUACCAAUCUGCCUUUUUUGUAGGCAAAGCCAACCAUGAUAUCAGCAUGGAGCUUCUAGGUGGGACAUGGCCAAGAAGAUUGCCAUGUGGUCGACUUCGGUCUGAGAUGGCUGAUUUGUGCUGCGCCGAAUUCUAUUCUGGAAUUGGUAGUGUGGUGUCAGGUUUUCGAUCCUUGGCUGAUCUGCCGGUGCAACAGCGCAUCUUGGCUUUGACUCCCGGGCUGGGAGCAGGGUUGGACCGAGAGCCACCGCCCAAUUGCUGGGACUUCGCCCAACUCCAGCCAUUCCUGGAGUUUAUCAACUGUGCCAUUGCUACUGGGAAGCUGGUACCGGAUCCCCUGGUGCCAGUGCAGAUCGAACCAAGUGAGAGGGCGAGUGCGAAGUCGCAGUCCUCGGCAGAAUCGUUCAACUUCAAUGCAGAGAUGGGCAAUUUGACCAAACGGUUGGAACUUGCCAAGAUCAGUGCUAGUGCUGGACAGUCUGAGGGUGUGAAACCCAAAGCUGGAGCGGAUCAUCCUGUCGCCACACCGGUCCGUGCUGCAUCUGGAAGGAAGCAUCUUCGUGAUAAUGGGUUGGCAAAACCUAAAGCCUUGUUUACACCUACCAAGAGUCCUGAGCACAAGAAGACCAAGCAUGAGAUUCACGAGGUGGCAGGUCCUUCUGGAUCGCAUCCUGUGGCACCUGCAGUCGAAUCAGGGCAAGGUGGUUCUGGUGAUCCUAUCUUUUUGAGAAGUACGAUGUCCAUGACUACAUUGCCUUUGGGUCCCAGCUGGGAAGACCCCUCUUCGCUGGUGCAGAAAGACUUGGAGAUGGCCACUAAGUGUGACAAAUCCCUGGCUGACUUUUUGUUUGGGAAUGACUUGGCCAUGUUGGACGACCCUAUUGAAAAGCAUGUCUCGAACAUGAUGCAGUGGAUUAAGGUGAGAGGCCCCCAAGUGCCACCACUUCAUGCCCCCGGUCAUGUAGAGGCCAUCGCUGAGAUUUGGCGUUUGAUCCGUACUCACGAUGUGGGACUGGAGGACUUGAACAAGUUCAGAGAAGAACAUGACAACCUUUGCCAGCACAUUCCCAAGGCAAAGGAGCACCAGCUCAUCAAGAUGGGUGGGCGGUCUGGUGUUGUCAGCUCCACAGUCCGGCAGAAAAUUGAGGAAUGGGCCAACCAAAAGAUUUUAGCUUCUCAUAGCAAGGUUUCUUCCCAAGAAUCGGCCGUAGUGGAGAUGCACAAGGCAGCUCAGGUGGCUUGUGACAAGGUGUUGAGUUCAAUUCUAGGCUCCUGCCAUACACCGCAACCCCAUGAUGAUAUCGAUGAUUCGCUUAUGGCUGAGCUCGAUGACUUUAUGAACAUGAAUUUUUGGGAUGGAGAUGGUGCUCAACAUGAACCCCCAGUUGAACCCCCGGUUGAACCCACGGUCUUGGAUGCUCCUACGUUGGCUUUGAGCUAUGUGAUGUCCCUUGAAGAUGGCCCCCAGAAGUCAGCUUUGAUGGCUGUGUUGGAGGUGGCACAGACUACCCCCAAGGUGAUUCCAGAUGACUCGGUCUGUCCCUCCCCUGCUGAUGCACCUCGGGUUGAAGCGGAAGUUGGAAAGGCAGCUGAUCAGCAAACGGUGCCUGAGGUGGCAGCGACAGAGCUUACCAGGAAAGACACGACCCAGCUGGAGGAUUGGCAACUCCUUAGGGUGUGGGAUGCCAUGGAGUUCGAAGAGGAGCACAACGAAACUGUGGCCCUGGGAUUGGAAGCCUGUGGUGAUUUGGAUCCUUCACAAACCAAAGCUGUCUUGCAGGGCUUGGUGCCUCAAUUGGACAAGUUGAAGGCGGUUUCGUUUGCAGCUGCUGGUACCGAAGGCAAGCCAAAACCCCAGGAGGAUGACAACAAGAAGACUGAUGUCUUGGUGAAAGGAUUCAAGGAUGAGCUUGACACCCGCUUGGGCGACAUCAAGGCUUCCAGGUUGGAGUUGGAGCGACUGUUCGCCCUUCGAAUCUGUGAUACCGUGAUUGAUGAACCCGAGAAUUCCAAGGUGAAGGAAGAGUGCUUAAAGGAACCGACAAAGCCGAAAGCCAAGGCGAAGGCCAAGGCAGCUCCUGCCCAGCCAGGUCCCAACUUGGCUGCAGCCAAGUCUUCGCCGCUAUAUGCUUUCUUGAUGAAAGAAGCUGGCUUGGGAGUAACUUCAUUUGCGAAAACCCAGAAGAUGCUCACCUAUGUGGACAAGGAAUUUCGACUCCAUGGGGUGCAAUGGCAGGGCCCAUGCAAAUCCUUGCAGCAUGCGGGGUGCAAAGGCAAGUACACAUCGAAUGUACAGCGGGACAUGCUACGGAAAGAGAUCAACGCAGGAAUUCCAACAGUCUUCAAACUACUGGAAGCAGUGGUGGACUCCCUAUGCCUUCUCUACAAUGAUGGAAUUAGCAUUGACCCUGAGAAGGCCAACUUGCGGUAUGCUGUGACUGAGAUCCGUGGGGACUGGAAGUGGCAAAAGGACUGGCUGCAGCUAUCGUGCAACUACCUGGCCAAAUCCGUUUGCCACUGCUGCCAUGCUAGCAAGAAGCUCCUAGAGUAUGACGAUGUCUUUGGUGGUCUUGAGAUGGAUGAGGGUGACAGAUUGCUUCUUGCGUACGAUUGCUUUAAGGCACUCGAUGCCGAAAUUUCGGCCCUGGAGAUUGAGGAGCAAACAGCAUCCCUGGCCGGAACUCCAGAGCAAGGCUUGGAAUGUGCUAGAUGUGUAGUUGCCUGGCUUUGUGAGUACACGAUUGAGUUUGCAAAGGCUCAUCCUGGUGACCGAUGGUUGUCCUUGAUGGCAACAAUGCUGUUCUAUGCUGCUGAGUGGCAUCGCAAAACCGAACUUCUUCCCAGGUAUCUCACAGCUUGGCAGGAGCUGGCGCUGCAGCAGUUGGAG